AUGUCUCUAACCGUAAGGGUGACUAGUUGUAGUGAUCGUCUUAGAAAAUUAGUUAUGAUCAGCAUGUGGAAGACGUAUACACUCGACCUAGUCUUCUGCUCUCGAGUCUUCAAAAGCGAACCUAGAACGCUAUGGUUCAUCACGCUUCUGUCUAUAGUGGCAACGGUUUUUCCAAAGCCUCAAAUGGAAAGCCGCAAUGUGAGGAUAGGAAUUGUCCCCAUAUUUGAUGGAAGGACCACGAACGAACCGAUCACGUUUACAUUCACAACAGCCCGACCAUCACUCGGAUCGACGGUAUAUCCAGACCGCCACAAUGAUGCCCGAAUACUGCCAACUCUCAGCCCGCUAAAUCACAAGGAGUCUCUCGUACAGACUAACUAUCACGUCUUCAAUGACAAAUGGCAGUACACCCGUUCUCAGACACCAAAUCCUCUGCAAACAUUCACUACGCCCAUUUACAACCAGGCACAGUACUACAGAGCAAUACAAGCUGGACUUAUUUCUGCUCAGCGGAGCUCCAACAAUUCUCCUUACAAAACAUCGUGGAUGCAGAUCGGUGACAGCUGGAACCAGAUGAAAAGCACUCUAAUUUCAUCUGGGAUCGAAAAAGAUUGGCGCAGUCUCUGGGGAAAACUGACAGGAGCGAUGGAGCCAUUCAUAUCAGAGAUCAGCGACCAGUUGGGAAGAAUAGCAAAUAUUUUUCUAAAACAACAAAAAGCGCGAUUUGAAAGAGAGCUUGAGCGACAAAACUUGCAUCCGUUUCGGUUAUUUCGAGAAGAACGCUCGCAGAAGACGCUCUCAAAUCUGGUAGAGGACAAGGAUUCUGUCAAAGUUUAA